AUGGCCGGAGUGAAGCUACUGGGAUUCUGGGCAAGCCCUUUUAGUCACAGAGUAAUAUGGGCUCUAAAACUGAAGGGCGUGAGCUAUGAGUAUAUAGAAGAAGACCUAUCCAACAAGAGCCAAUUGCUGAUACAUAACAACCCAGCUGAUAAGCAGAUCCCUGUGCUUAUUCAUGGUGACAAAGCAGUCGCAGAGUCUCUUGUUAUCCUUGAAUACAUCGAUGAAACCUGGCCACACAAUCCAUUGCUGCCAAAAGGGGCUUAUGAGAGAGCAACAGCCCGGUUUUGGAUCAAAUUUGCAGUAGAAAAGGGUGCCACUUUCUACGCAUUCUAUAACUCCAAUACUGGAGAAGAACAAGAGAAAGCUACAAAAGAAACCGUGGAAGUGCUGAAAAUCAUUGAAGAAGAAGCCCUUGGGGAUGAGAAGUUUUUCGGGGGUGAGGAUAUAGGAUUGUUAGACCUGGUGUUGGGAUGGUUUGCUCACUGGUUUGAUAUCAUAGAAGAACUGGUGGGUGUGAAAGUGCUGGACGCCUCCAAAUUGCCCCGCCUGCAUGCAUGGACUGAGAAUUUUAAGGAAGUUCCUGUGAUCAAAGAAAAUCUUCCUGAUCGCAGCAAACUCUUGGCCUACUUCAAACACAAGUAUUUUGCCCACCUUCCAAGUCUAGACAAUUAGCAUCAGCUGUAUAUCUUUUGUGUAUGCUUUAAUUCCUUGUUUGGCUACUGUACUGAC